CUCUUAUUUUGCGUAGUGCACCCACAGACGCACACACUCAGUGACACAUUCAUCCAGCCCCUAGUAGUCCGACGGACACAUUCUCAGACACAGAGACCAACAACAGCUAAGCCAGAUUGUACCGACCGGAGAAACUGACCUACACCACAGAUGGGACCUGGAUUGUUUUGGAACUUCCCACCCAAGGCUGGCUGCACGGUUCCACAGAGCCUCCUGCAGACCAUGUUGCUGUCCAGGAUGGCGGGGAUGAAGGAGCAGCAGUUCACAGAGGAGAAGCCCCUGCUGCCAGAGCAGAGAGGAGUAGAAUCAGACAUGCAGGAUAAAGGAGAGGAGGCAUCGGGGGGGCUCCCCUGCCCUGCCAGCCCAACGCCCCUUAACAACCCCCCUCCCCCCAGCCGCCCCACUCACCGCUGGCAUGUCAUCGCACGGCACUGGCUCCGCCAGACCCGCCGUCGGACCAGCGGGGUCCUCCCGCAGGAAAGCUGUGAACAGCUGAUGCCGCCAGGGGAUUGGAAGGAACAUGAUGUUGAGACCCCUCAUGGGAUGCUGCAUGUGGUAAUCCGUGGGGCACCUAAAGGAAACAAGCCUGCUAUCCUCACCUACCAUGAUGUGGGAUUGAACCACAAGCUGUGCUUCAACACUUUCUUUAGUAAUGGCGAUAUGCAGGAGAUCACCAAGCACUUUGUGGUUUGCCAUGUCGAUGCCCCAGGACAGCAUAAUGGAGCUGCACAGUUGCCCCAGGGGUACCAGUACCCCACUAUGGACCAGCUGGCUGGGAUGCUGCCCACUGUGGUGCAGCAGUUCGGAUUCAAGAGCAUUGUUGGGAUUGGAGUUGGAGCUGGAGCAUACAUUCUGGCCAAGUUUGCUCUAAUCUUCCCUGAUCUGGUGGAGGGUUUGGUUCUGCUCAACAUCGACCCCAAUGGCAAAGGGUGGAUUGACUGGGCUGCCAGUAAGCUGUCAGGCCUGACCAGCACUCUGCCAGAUACUGUGCUGCCACAUCUUUUCAGCCAGGAGGAACUGGUAAACAACACAGAGUUAGUGCAGAGCUACAGGCAACAGAUUGGCAGCAACAUCAACCAGUUCAACCUGCAGCUCUUCUGGAACAUGUACAACAGUCGGAGGGAUCUGGAGAUGAACCGCAGUGGGACAGUGCUCAAUGCCAAGACCCUGAAAUGUCCUGUGAUGCUGGUUGUAGGAGACAACGCCCCUGCUGAGGAAGGAGUGGUUGAGUGCAACUCCAAAUUGGAUCCAACCAACACCACCUUCCUAAAGAUGGCUGACUCCGGUGGACUUCCCCAGCUCACACAGCCUGGCAAGCUGACCGAAGCCUUCAAGUAUUUCCUGCAGGGAAUGGGCUACAUCGCUUAUGUGAAGGAUCGGAGGUUGAGUGGAGGGCCAGUGCCCUCCGCCAGUAUGACCCGCCUGGCUCGCUCCAGGACGGCUUCCCUGACCAGUGCCAGUUCCACAGAGGGCUCUCGUUCUCGGGCCUGCACGCACUCCGAUAGCACCGAGGGAGUUGGCACGGUCACCCACACCAUGGAGGUGUCCUGCUGAGGAGCCACAGAAAGAAGGAGUGUGGGGGUAGGGGGACAGAGAGAAAAAGCAAGAGACAGGAAGGGAUUAUAGCAAAGAUGAGAUGGGAGGGGAAUGGUAUAUGGAAAAAGUAGAUGUGAGAAGAUGUGAGAGAAGUAGUCGAGCAUGAUAGAGGGAAGAACGUGAGCGCAACAGAAGGAAAGUACAUAAAUGAGGUGAAGACGGCUCUCUCUGUCUUCAGCUAUCUCCUCCAUAACCCCUUGUCUGCCAUCUUCUUCGCUCCACUGUAAAAAAAAACAUAUGUAUUACUAAAAAAACCGAACCACACCUUUUAAAUAUUCACCUAAACUCCACACCCUUUCCCUAGCUCUUAAAGAAUUAGCAAACUGUUUCUGGUCUUGAAGUGUCAUUUAUGUGUUUGCUAAGUGUACUCCCCCCACCCCCUCACAACAGUCUAUCAAACCCUGUUCCUGUUAAUAAUGUGAUAUCCAAAGGGAAAAGAGGGGAUAAAAACUUUAGGGGGUGCCAUAAAGAAAAAGUGUUAUGCGUCAGUAUUUUGCAAGCAAGUUAUGCUUUUGUCAUUGUGUGAGUAUCUCUCUCUGUGUUCUUUGUAUAGGAGUGAUUCUUUCUCUCCAUCAGUGACAGGGGAGCAUUAGAGGGUGUGUGUGUGUGUGUGUGUGUGUGUGUGUGUGUGUGUUCAGAAUUUGACAGACAGCAGAACACAGCCCAUUGUGGCCCAGUGCACCUGUUGUGAUUAGAGAGAAUUCCUUAGCUUUUAUAUUCUGUGAGCAUAGCUAGAGUAAACCAUGCUGAAUUAGAGCUGCACUUGGCAAGAUUUUAUAUCAGACAUGUAAACUAAUUUUUUAGAGUGUGAGAGAGGGGUAUCAUCAUCAUUCAUGUUAUCAGGUGUUUAGGUGUCAGUACUGUUGGAAUGCUGCUAGGAAUAGCUGUACUACUGAGGUGAGCUUGUUUAUUUUUUAGUAAAAGUAUUAAAAAUCCAGCUUUAUGAAAAGCCAAACCUUGUAAUAAUAAGUUGAUUCUGUUAAGUAUAAUCACAGAUCAUUAUAAGGUGUAGUAUCUGAGACACAAUAUGAGGCUAAACUCUUAUCAUCUCCUGCUAGAAAACUAAACCCAGGCACCAGUCACGGGUGCAUUGAAACCUAGUUACUAGACCACCACGGAGCUUAGCUGACAUAAAUGUGCAGCCUAGUACAUUUUUAUUGCCUUUUUUAUCAUAAUGUGUGCAUGUAUGGUGAAAGUAUAUCCAAACUUGUGUUUUAAUAAUCUUGAUUUCUGAGCAACUUGACAAUCUGUAAUCUAUUGCUUUAUAUCAAAUGUACAUCAAAUGAAUAAUGGAAAUAUCCAGUUUAAUAUAACUAGUGUCGCAGCAAAGUAACUAUGAAGCAUUGAUCAGCAUGUAGAAACUUUCCAGACUUUAAUCUCUCACCUAUAAUCACUUUCUAUGAAAUCAAGGGAGCAUGAAAUUGUCGAUAUCAAAGUAUUUAACUGCUCAAAGUGACUGUGAAAACUUACCUGCUGAAUAGAUUCAUGAAUAAUUUAUGUUGUGUGUAAACUUAGGAAUAGUGUCAUGCCUAAUAGAAGAAUAUUAGUGAAUUUGUAUAAGCUUCAAGUUGGGAGCACUACAGAUUCUUAUAGUUUACUAUAAUCUCUUGUUAUGUUUGCUGUAUCACUUCUCUGCCUAGGGAAGGAUGAAUCCAGACUUUAUCCUGAACCACUUACUGUACAGUGUGGUCUAUCCAGAGAAAGCUCUGCUCCAUAAGAUGUGAUGUUGUAUGGAGCAUCACAGACAGGCCAGGAUGGUGAACAUGGCCAGUUUGCUGAUGCCACAUAUUAGGAUAUUUGGUUACUGAAGUUCAGAUUUUCCCUAAUACUGACAUUUGGAAUCACAUUAGUGCAAUGUUGCAAAGUUACUCCUAUGCACAAUUAUCCACAACCACACACAUAUUCCCAUUUAGACACAUUUUCACACACCUUUACAAAUCAUAGUGGCAUGGGCUGGGUUUUGUAUGGGAACUAAGCCAAAGAAAAGACAUAAAUACACAAACCUAACAUGCAGGUAGAAAUCUUUUGCUGUGUUUAGUAGGUUUUUAUGUGCUAUGUAACCAUAAUCUAAAAGGUAUAGUAUGUGUACAGUAGUAAAGCAUAGUUUUAGACUAGUGAGCUGUGUGCUGUUGUCUGCUAUAAUACUGGACCACUUUGUCAAUGGUAUUCUGAGGUUGGGUCUCCUGAUUUUUGGCUUAGUAAUGUGCUGUGUUCUAGUACCAUGGUCAACCUCUACUGUUUUCAGUUUUACAAAAAACCCUUUGGUCUCCUGUAAGAAGGAGCGUAGCCUCUGAUCGCUGAGGUGUGUGUUAUCCUGAGGCGGCCUGUAAGAGGCGGGGCUUUUUUUGGAGCCAUUUGGGCACCAAGCUCGGAAUGUAGGGCAAUCCCCAGCCACCUUAGAAAAUUACCCCCUCGCCCUCAAAAAUCACAAGGUGCCCCGGCUUUCACAGGCAUACCCAGUUGCACCCUAAAGGGCUAUCAGCUGUCAAGUACAUUUCUCAAGUGUUGGUAGUGUUAUUUGUGUUUCUGAACACCAGGGGAACCCAGAGAACAGACUGAUUAAAAAAAAGCUUUUUCAUGCCAAGAAAAAGAGAUGGGAAUAUUACCAAAACACAGAGAGAGAUUAUGACUGGGAAAAUAGAGAAUGAAUGUUACAGGAAAGAAUGUGAUUUUGUUGAAGCUGGAGAGAUUAUUGUUGAAUUGUUUGAAAUAAGUGUAAAAAAAAAAAAGAACAAUUCUGACAUGUCGAAAGG